UAUCCUUGUAGCUAGCACACUUACCUGGGAACCACUAUCAACACAUAAGGAGUUCAGAAGUUCCCUCCGCAUUAACAGCAGCCAGCACUGUAUCAGCACGUUAUGUACAGACCAGUCAUAGCCUCCCGAAAAUCUUUCCCACCAUGGAUUGUCAUCCUCGGUGUGCUUGGAGUGCUGGCAGCCCUUGGGCUAAUUAUUGGACUCUUAGUUCACUUUCUGGCAGUAGAAAACAAGAUCUACUACUAUCAAGGUAGUUUUAAAGUGUUGAAUAUUCCAUAUGACAGAAAUUAUGCAAGGGAGACAUCACUAGAAAGUAACUACCUCAGUAAAAUCCUCGAGAUUAAAAUGGUUGAUGCCUUUCAGAAUUCUAACAUUUACAAACAGUAUAUCAACUCUCAGAUCAUCACAUUGGUUCCUGACGGCAACAGUGUGACCGCACAUAUAUGGUUGGUGUUUAAGGACCCCUGGUCAAAUAAGAAAAACCUAAGAAAGAGAAUUGAAAGCAUCUUACAUCAGAUGCUGGAGAACAACUCAGGAUCCCUGACUACAGAUCCUGGGUCUCUGACGCUCACAGAAAUCAGUAAGGUUGAUGCUGAGAAGAUUAUCAACAACCGCUGUGGGAGACGACCAAGAAUGUCUGCAACCUAUGACAGAAUCACGGGAGGUUCCACUGCUCACAAAGGAGAGUGGCCGUGGCAAGCGAGUCUCAGAGUGGAUGGUAGACACUACUGUGGGGCAUCCCUAAUCAGUGAAAGAUUUCUGCUAACAGCAGCUCACUGCUUUCAAAGGACAAAUAAUCCGAAAAACUUAACAGUUAGCUUUGGCACCAGAGUAACUCCAGCCUACAUGGAGCAUGCUGUUCAAGAAAUUAUUAUUCAUGAAGAUUAUGUGAAGGGGGAACACCAUGACGACGUUGCAGUUAUAAAGCUCACUGAAAAGGUUUCAUUCAGGAAUGAUGUACAUCGAGUUUGUCUUCCAGAAGCCACGCAGAGUUUUCCACCAGGUGAAGGAGUCGUUGUUACAGGAUGGGGAUCACUUUCUUACAAUGGUAAAUCCCCACUGUUACUUCAGAAAGCAUCCAUUAAAAUUAUUGACACAAAUACUUGCAAUUCUGAAGAAGCUUAUGGAGGCAGGAUAUUGGACACAAUGCUCUGCGCUGGCUACUUGGAAGGCAAUAUCGAUGCUUGCCAGGGUGACUCUGGAGGACCACUAGUUCAUCCCAAUUCAAGAGAUAUUUGGUACCUUGCUGGGAUAGUGAGUUGGGGACAUGAAUGUGGCAGAGUCAACAAGCCAGGGGUCUAUAUGAGAGUAACUUCCUACCGUGACUGGAUUGCCUCCAAGACUGGUAUCUAGUAGAAAACCAUCUUCUAAUAAUGAAUGCAGAUCAUAUUGCCUGAUAGUCUAUCAUUGAACAUCCAUUUCUUUAUUUUUUCCAUUGUAUAUGUGUGUGCCUCUGUGUGUUUUGGCAUAUGUAUGGGUAAAUGUGUGUUUGUGUUCAUAUAUGUAAGUGUGCAUGUAAAUAGAUGUGUAAGUUAAUGUUAAGAAUCAUCCUCAAUAAUUUCAAUAAUUUAGUUGGGCGGUGGUGGUGCACACCUUUAAUCCC